CAGCAGUUGAUGCAUUCACUUGCAAGCACACGUGUCAGUCACACAGAGUGUUAUACAUAUACACGUACGCACAUCAAGGGGAGGAGCGCCAGGCAGGCAGCACACCGCAGUGGACACAACGCAAUGCACCUCAUGCACACAAAAGCAUGGCAUGAUCAUGAUGCCGACCACCAACACACGUACACAAUCGCGAGAGAGAAGGUAGGAAGAUACAUAGAUAGGCAGAAAGGUAUAGUGAGGCCACGCGCGAAUCCAUCCACUGGACACACGCAAACCACAGCACUCUCCGCUCCCCCUCUCUCUCGCGUCCACUGCUCUGAGCACAGACCACUCACCGAUGGAGCCGUCAAUCGGGACGGCCUCACUCACAGCCCACCCCACCUGCCAUUCCCAUCCGUCCACCUACCCACCCAGUGGUCAGUCACAUCAAUCGUGGGGCAUCCGACGCUCCGCUCCCCGGGCGUGGCGUGAAAAAACCCAUGACCGCCGACAGAACAGAACAGGUGGCUCGAUAAUGAGUAGGUAGGUGGAUGGAUGACGGACGCUGUCUGCCUGUCUGCCUACCUGCCUUGGUGCCUUGGUGGAGUGAGUGAGAGCUCUCAUGCCAUGCGUGUGUGCUGAAAACUCCUGUCUGUCGGCCACCGUCAUGGUUGCUGCCUGGCCUCCCUCCCUUGGUCAUAAACUCACCAAAGAAAGGGUCAUACAAGUGCAUGCACGCACCACAUUAGACAACACAACACUCCCUACGCAAUCAAUACCAACUCUCCCCGGGACACACACGCGCCAAAACGGCACAGAUGCACCCUCACUCAGAGAGGGGGUUACGGAGAGAUCAGUCUCGACGUAUGCAAGGGAGUCUUGUGUGUGUCCCGUCUGCCUCGUGUGUCUCUCGUCGUGAGUUGGUCGUGUUAGUUGUUGCCCCACUGGCUGCCUUGUCCGCCGCUUUGCUGGCCCUGCUGCUGGGAGUAGUACUGCUGGUGGCUCUGCUGCGGCUGUUGGUAGCUGCCGGCGCCCGAUGGCUGGCCGCCCUGGGCCUGAGAUGAGAGAGGCACACACCACACACGCACCCACAACAGCCAUCCAUCGUCGGCCGCACUCGUGUUCACACACAUACACAAUAAGCGCACCUACCUGUCCAUAGCCCUGCAUGCCCUGCAUGUAGCCAGAUCCGUAGCCGCCGCCAGAGGAUGUCAGGCUGCCCAUGCCCCUCUGGCCGUACAUCUGGCCGGCCGCCUGCUGACCGCCGGCCAUGCCGCCCAUGGCGGCACCGUAACCGCCGAAACCAGAUCCAGCACGACCAUAGUCAGGUUGCCUGAAUUGUCGAUAUAUCACAGCAGAGAGCGGACAGAGAGAGACGCGUGUGGUGUGGGACUGACUGGAUCGUUCGCCAGCCAGCCUGCUUGCCUGACUAUCCAUCAGAUCUGUCUUACCCAGUGGCUUGUGCGGUGCGUUGCUGCUGCUGCUGCUGAGCGGCCGACAUCUGCUGGUGGCCGCCUGCAGCCCCCUGCUGCAUGCCCAUCUGGCUGGCGGAGAGGCCGCUGCCCUGCUGGGAGUAGCCGUACAUGGUGCCCUGCUGACUGUAGUACCCUGACGACGCACACACACACACACACAUACAUACAUCCAAAAAUGAAGAGUGAGUAGAGCGAGUAUCGAGUGUCGGUCGGAAUGUUGUUCGUCACACUCACCGCUUUGGCUGCCCUGAGCCCCAGCGCGUGCCUGGCCACGGCCGGCGCCCAUCAUGGCCUGGGGGUUGCUCUGGAUGUGGGACAAGCCGCCUGCACAAAUCACAGCGCAAGACAACACAACACAACACAUCACAUCAUGAGCAUUCUUUUCAUCUGCCAUCCUUCCUUCCUCCUUAUUUAUCUAUCUCACCGCCGGUGGUCUGCUGGGUCGAGCCGGUUUGCUGGGAUGGCUGUGCAGUCCCUGCCUGGCCCUGCUGCUGCUGGGACUGCGCCUGCUGCUGCUGGCCGUAAGGGUGCGUAUAGGACGAGCUCGCCUGCUGCCCAAUCGCGCCGCCCUGCAUGCCCAUCUGGCGCGAGUACGCGUCACCGCCCAUACCCUACACACACAACACACGACACACAGACAUGCGCAGCGCACAUUAGAUAGAUGCAUUUGGUGGUGAACCGAUGAUGUGAGGGUACCGUACCUGCUGUUGGUCUCUCUGCGACUGCUGGAACUGCUGCUGCAUCAUGUGCUGUGGGUAGGCGGAGGCCUGCUGGGCCUGUGGGUGCGGCUGCUGGUAGGACUGCUGCAUAGCGGCGGCAUGGGCCAGGUCCUGCGUGCCCUGGGGGCUUGAUGCAGGGUUGACAACCGCACUCGACGACGUGGCACCUGGAGACAUACAUGGACACGAACGAUGAUCGAGUUGAGUUGAGUUGCUCUCUUGCCGUGUCUCCCUCCAUGGUCUGUGCAUACCAGCAGUGGAUGGCUGGGCGCCGCCCAUAUGCUGCCCAUACAUGUGCUGCUGCAUGAGGAGCUGUUGUUGCUGCUGCUGGUACUGGCUCGUCUGGUCGGCGUAGUCAGCACCAGUGGUCUCACCACCACCACCAUACACACCUGCGCGCACACGUACAAGACACUCAUCUCAUGAGUGUGCUGCUACCAUGCAAUGUGUCGAAUUCAUCAGGUACCUGGGUGCUGGGCGUAUCCAGCCCACUGCUGCCGCUGCUGGCUCUGCGCACUGGUGACCGCACCGCUCGUCGACGCACCAACGCCCUGAGACGAAGCUGCAUAGCACAGCGCACACCGAGACACGACCAGACCGAUGGACAGAGCAGGUCGGUGAGUGGCUUUGGCGCGUGUUGUGUUGUAUUGUGUGGGCCGACCUUGUGGCGCAUUCGGCAGCAUGCCCGGUGGCCCCGCAGCCGCCGCCAUCUGCUGCUGCCCCGGCUGCUGGACGGGCGUCUGCUGGGCAGUCUGCUUGGACACGUCGUAGCCCGGCUGCUGUUGCUGCUGUUGCUGUUGCUGCUGUUGGUGCUGCAGUUGUUGUUGUUGGUGCUGCGCCAGUGCCUGGGCGUACUGCAUCUGCUGCUGCGGCGUCAUGUUGGCCAUGUUCAUAUACAUGCUCGGGUUGAUCAUGCCCUGAAUGAAAUCGAUCCCACAUUUGGGAGGGAGAGAGGCAUCCCAUCCACACCACACACGCACCUCCUCACUCACCUGGUUGCCCAUCAUGUAGGCCUGGAGCUGCUGGGGAUUGUAGCCCGCAACACCCUGGGGAUACCCUGUGGCCGCCGUCGGGUACAUGCCGCCCACACCGUACGCAGCCGCAGUUGACGCUUGAGCCGCCGCCUGAACAACACAACACACAUAGCACUUGUGUGGACAGACUGUGUUGACCACAGCCGAUAGAAACGCCCUCCCCGUCGUGGCUGACGUACCUGUGACUGUCCUGGGUAGACGGGCUGCUGCUGCUGAGCCACCGGGGCCUUCUGCUGAGCCGCCAACCUGAUGGAUGGAUGGAUGGAUCAAUGCACAGCUGGCGUGACUUGUGUGAGUGUCUUACGCUGCCGCCUGUUGCUGCUGCUGUGCCGUCUGUGCCUGUCCUGUCACCUGGUCCUUGGCUGCCUGAGCGCCAGGCGCAACCGCACUGGCCGCAGCAGCGUUCAAACCUGAACCAACAAAGAAGAACCACACAUGCAUUGCAUUGCAGGUGAGGGCAGGACACUGAUGCAUUCAUUCGUUCAUUCCACCAACCACCCCACCCACCGGCAAAGGCAGUGGUGCUCCCACCGGCUUGACCACCCCCCACGGCCUGCUGCUGGACACCCGUGCCAUACGAACCCGGAAAGGCUCCAUAGCCCGGCUGCGGCAGACCCGCCUGGGCGGCCGGACGCUGCUGCUGGACCUGCUGCUGCGCCUGCUGCUGGGCCUGUUGCUGGGCUGCUGUCUGUUGCUGAGCCGCCGCCGUGGCCUGGGGGGCUUGGGGGAACCACUGGCUGCCCUGAGCCACCUGCUGCUGGGCCUGGGCCUGGGCCUGCUGCUGCUGGUGCUGUUGUGACUGGGGAGUGGGCUGGGCGACAGUAGGGUACGCAGCGGGCUUGGGCGGCUGUUGCUGCUGCUGCUGCAUGUAGGCGGCGUAGGGGCCAUAGCCCACCUGCCCUCCAGCAGCGGCAGCCGUGGCCGUCCCGACCUGGGCAGCCGCAGUGGCCGCACCGGGUGCCUUGUCGUCCUUGGCGGCCUGGGGAGUCUGCACCUGCUGCUGAGUCGCCGUCUGCUGAGGCUGCGGCGUAGUGGCCUGCGCCUGUGCGGCUGCUGGCGGGGCGCCGGCGAACUUGGGCACUUGGCUGGGUGCGGGCGGAGUGGGGCCGACAGCAGGGGCAGCCUCGGGCUUGGCCGACGGAGAUGGCAGCUGCAUACCAGGGGGGCCACCUAGACGAACGAACGAAGAGGGAGCGAUGGAAUAUGCGCACAGGAAGCAAAUAAUUGUGCCGGGUGAGGUGAGAGGUGGCGCUUCGCCUACCGUAUGGUUUCGGCUGCUGCUGCUGCUGCUGCUGCGAUGCCUGUGAUGUCUGUGAGGUCUGGGUGACGGCCUCAACGCGAUUGCCACCCUGCGACAACACAGCACAUGCACCACAGACGACAGUCUGGUGACACGAACAUCGUUGCUUGACGGGUCUUGGUUUCUGACCACUGGCGGCACAGCAGCAGGAGGAGGCGCCUGGGGAGCAGCCACCGGCCCCUGCACAGGUGCGUCCGCAACAGGCUUGCUCUCCGCCUCCUUGGGCCCCCCCUUCCCCCCGAAGUCGCCGAAGAAGAGUUGUGGCUUGGUGAUGGUGCCGAACUGCAGACCGCCAGAAGGACCGCUCGCACCGGCAGAUCCGCCAGGCAACACCACAGAAGGCUGCAGCCAGCCAAACCCAUACAACAAGGGAAGAGAGGGACAGGUGAAAUGUGGGUGGGGUUUGAAUGAAGAGUGGAUGGAUGUUGACUUGACCUUGGCUUACUCGUGCGCUGGAAGUGGGCAGUUCUACAGCCUGAGACGGCGGCGCCUUCCUGGGAGCCGCGGGCGCGGCGGGCGCAGCAGGGGCUGCCCGGCCCGUCGGCGAACCACUGAACAACAAGCACACAACACAAUGAGGCACACAAGGAGACCGAUGAGACCUGUCUGUCUGUGAUAUCACCUGGUGGCGACUGCACUUGCAACAGCAGGAGCGCGGGAAGGCUCAGAGGGCUUGGGCGCAGCAGCCUCGGCUGCAGCAGCAGGUGGGUGCACGCCGAGUGCCUUCAUGAUGUCCAUGCCGCCCUCUCGACCGGUCUUAGGCACUUCCUGGGGCUGCUGUGGAUCGAUGGGGGUCUUGGGCGUGAUGGGCGUCACCAGACCCACAGCCACACCUAUACAUACAAGAGACAUACAUAGAGAGAAUGACAGACAAGGCACGCGCGUCGCGUCCAUGUGCGGUGCGAGAGAUGGGUGUGUGUGUGUAUGUGGCGUAUGUGGUGUAUGUGUCGUACCAUUUGGCCCUUGUCUGCCUGGCUUGGCCGCCCACUUGGCUUGAGGUGAAGGACUGGGCACCUUGGCCGACGCACGGCUUGCCGCAUCCCCCCAGCCCAUGGGCGCCCUUUUGGCCGGGUCGACAGGGGAGGCCUUGAAGCUCUUGGGCUCCGUCACGCGAGUGCCGUUGGUGGCGCCGCGGCCGAAACCGUUGGUGGGCGGGCCUGGCGAUUCGCCGUUGUCCUCGGGCGACGCUCCCUUGGGCUCGCUGGCUUGGCCUGUAUGCAGCGAAACGUAUCACACAACACAUGUGUGUGUGUGCGUGUGUGUGUGUGUGUGUGUGUUCUGUGUCGGCCUCGCCCGUCAUCUCAUUUACCUUGGUUCCAUGCGUCAGCAAGCUCAUCUUGAGGCUCAUGGCCGUCGAAGCCCGCCUUGGGACGGAUCAGAGGCUGCAGACCGCCAGGAGGACCAGCCGCAGGCCGCGGGCCGCCAAGAUGCAUACCUGCAGGCACAAACAAACCACAAUGAAUGCACUCACAAUGCACUCAUGGAUGAACACACAUGCACCCCAUCCCAUCCCAUCCCAUCACCCACACGUCGUGUCGUGUGUAUGUGUGUGUGCGUACCUCUGCCAGGCAAGGGAGCGGCUCCCGCGCCUCUGCCUCUGCCGGCGCCGGUCGGUGGCGGCUUGUUGGCUCCGAAUGCGUUCGCAGUGGGAGCGGGGGUGAGGCCGGGGAUGUAGCGCUGCUUGGCGGCCUCCUGCUGCUCCUUCUCCUGCUGCUCCCGCUUGGCCUUGGCUCGCUCUCGCUUGGCGGCCUUGUUCAGGGGCUGCUGCCACUCCUCGUUCUCAUGGCCCUUCUUGUCCUGCAAGAUGUUCCACACCGCCAUCUCGACCUGAGGAGUCAAGGAGAGAGGGAGGGAGAGAGGGAGGGAGAGAGGGAGGGAGGGAUUCAGACAUGCAUAUGAUGAUUCAUGCGGUGAAUGGAGCGUGUGUGCGUGUGUGUGCACGUGCCUGUGCCUGGUCGUAUCCGCAUCUCUUGACGAGGUUCUGUAUGUCCUCAUCGGAGUAGCCAUACGGGUCAAGGAGAGGCUUGACAUUGCCGGCAAUCACCUGGAUGUCCCCCGCACCGCCCUCGCCAGAGCUGCUGCCGUUGGCCUUCUUCCCUCCCCCCUUGUCACCCUUGUCGCCCUUAUCGGCCUUGUCGGCCUUGGUUGACGAUACCGGCUGGUUGCUGGAGCUGCUGCCUCCCUCGUUGACAUCCUCGGCGCUCGCACCAGGUGUCUCAUCUUUGCGCUUGGAUGCGGCAGCUGCCUGCUUCUCCUUUGCCUUGUCGGCGUCGCCGUCCUGCUUGCUCUUCCCUUUCCCUUUACCCGACAUGACCGACCACUGCUUGGCUUGCUGAUCACUCACUGGCCUGGCGAGAGCGCCGCGACGACGGAUGAGACACGACCACAGACAGAUACGCUGGACAGAUUGACGGACUAGACGAAUGAACGGGGAGGCAAGGAGAGCCGGGG